AUGUCAGGUUUCCCAAAGAUUCCAUUUUUCAAAGGGGAUACUGAUGAUGAUGCUUCCAUUCAUUUGAAUAGUAAAGUGGGACCAGCCAAUCCUUUACCCAAAUUGAAAAAUACCGACAAGGAAAUGCUAAAAAUAUUGAAUGAAAAUGAUGACGAUGACGAUGAAUUCAAUAACAAUUUUGAACUCUUCAAGAAAGGAUUAUUGAAAUUUGGAAAGGAAAGAGAGGAAAAGGAUGAUUCAGACGAAGUUGACGAUGAGGAUCAAGAUUUCACUCCAGAUGAAGAUGAGGAAGAAGAUCAAGGAGAAGAAAUUGAAGAAGAAACAGACAAUGAAUUAAAUGACUUCGAUGAUGACACAGAAGUUGAAGAAGAUACUGAUGAGAAGGAAGAAAUCAUCGACCUCAAGGCUACCAGCAAACAUAAAACUGAACAUAUAGUAUCCAAAUUCAAUAUUUCGACGAUUUCAUAUAUAGUGAUUUUCAUCCAAUUCCUAUUGAUAAUUGUAGUUUUGUUCAAUAAUAAGAAAUCUAAUACAAUUAACAAUUUCCAAGAUCUUAACCUUAAGUUUGACGAGAUUGAUUACGAGAUUGUUCGAUUGAACAAAUUCAAUGAGGGAUUAUCUAAGAAUAAUAAGAUGAUCGAGUCAAACUUGAAUGAUUUGAAUAGCAAUUUGAACUCCAAAUUCGAUAUCAUAAGUAAGAAAUUUAACGAUAUAAAUAACGAAAUAAGUAAAACGGGAUUGAAAGAUUUCAAGCAAAUAGAUAAAUUAUCAAAAGAUGUGGAAACCCUCCAGAAGAAUGUCAAGAAUUCAGAAACUUUAGGCAAUCUUGACGAAUUUGAUAGCCAAUUGGAUAUUAUCAAUGGAAAACUCAGUCAAUUACAGGAAUUAUCCCAAAAUGUAGAAACUUUCAAGGAAAAAAUUAUCGAUGAUAUUGUUAAGAUCUUACCUCAAUAUUUACCCAUAUAUAUGGAUAAAGGUAAAAUUCAUUAUGUUCCGGAAUUUAACAAAUAUUUGUAUAAUUUCAUUGAAAGUUAUACACAAGAAGCUAAUGUAAUAAAAUGGGAGGAUUUCCUCAAUGAGAACAAACAAUAUUUAACUCAAUACAUCCAAAAGCUCGUAUCAGAAGUCAAAGAUCCAUUACCAAAACAUAAUUUUGAAAAAUAUAUCAAAGAAAAAAUGAACGAAAAUAAUCGAGUGAUAUAUGAUAAAUUGAAUCAAUUGAUUGAUAAUAUCAAUUUCAAUACUACAAACGUCAAGUUAUCUUCAGAUAAGAUCAUGUUGGACAACUUAAUGGAUAUCUUCUCCAAAGGAUCAAUAAAUACCAAUUAUGCUGACUACAAAUUGGGCUCGAGAAUUUUGGGAUUUUUGACUCAAAUACCCAACAGGGAGAGAUCUUUGAAUAGGAAAAUAUUCUUAGGAUGGUAUGAUUAUUUGAUCUCGUCAUCUCCUUCAGUCAUUAAUUUGAAAUCCAACGCAAACAAUGUAUUAAUAGACGGUGGUGAUAGCUGGCAAUGUAAUAUGAACAAAUUUUCGAAUGAAAAGUGCUCCAUUGGUAUAAAGUUAUCAAGUUCGAUAAUAUUGACUGAUUUGCUUAUCAAAAAAGUUGAACAUCAGUCUAAAGUGGUUAGUAUAUACCUUAAACCGUCAACUAAAAGAGAGUAUGAAAAAUUACUUCAAUAUUUAAAAGAAUUCAGAAUUAAUUUCGAGAAACCUACCAACAAGUAUUUGAAUAAAUUCAUAAAAGUUAAAGAAAUCGAAAUGGAUCAAUUGGUCAACCAUAUAAAGUUACCCAUAAGUUUAGUCAAUUUACAAAUUCCUAUAAGAGAAGUAUAUUUGGAAUUCAAUGAAGAUAUUGAAAUCAACAAUAUCAAAGCCUUUGGUAUAAGUGAAAUCAAUGCUUACAAAUAUAGCAAGGAGUUUGAAUCAUUAGUUGAUCAUAUGAAAGUUGAUGAUAAUAUAGAAGUGUUAAUAUAA